UGUCAGCUAUACAGAGCUCCAAUCGAUAAAGGUCACCUUGAAACGUCAAAUUGUGUCACCUUGGUUGCUGCUGAGCGGGCAUACAAAAAGAGAAUUUACCUUUUUCUCCGCUAAAUUUCGCAAAUUUUGGAUAAAUUUUCGUAAUUAUUGUAUCGAGUGACAAGCGAAGCAGUUCCAGUGCGUGCUAAAAGGCAUAAACCAACGUACGUGCGUCGAAAUCUCAAUACCUCAGUGUGUGCUAAACGGUUAAAGCAGCGGAUGCAAUCUGUGCGCCAAAGAGUAAUAAAUAGUUGUUGAACAGUCUUAAGUCUGGACACUUUCGCUGCACUCCAGUACAAUAAAUAGACCGUUGAAAUUGAAACAUAGUUUAAAAUACUCAUAGUUUAAAACGCGUUUUACAGUAUAACUGAAAUUUUGGUACGAAUUCAUUGCAUAAAUUAUUGAAUAUUGUUUAUUUAAUUAAAAGCAAAGUAGUAAAGGAAAAAAUGCCAAACGAACGUUUCAUUGAGCGUGGCUCACAUAAGGGCAAGGGACUUGCAGUUUUCACCAGUGGUGGCGACUCACAGGGCAUGAACGCCGCUGUGCGCGCGUGUGUGCGCAUGGCUAUCUACUUGGGAUGCAAGGCCUACUUCAUUCGCGAAGGCUACCAGGGCAUGGUUGAUGGUGGUGACAACAUUGUUGAAGCUAAUUGGGCAUCUGUGUCUUCGAUUAUUCAUCGUGGUGGUACAGUUAUAGGUUCAGCACGUUGCGCUGAAUUCCGCGAACGUGCCGGUCGUCUAAAGGCCGCUUUCAAUUUGAUUCAAAAAGGAAUCUCCAACUUGGUUGUCAUUGGUGGCGAUGGCUCACUUACUGGUGCUAAUUGCUUCCGUAAUGAGUGGUCCGGUCUGUUGGAUGAGCUGCUCGAGUCCAAGAAAAUUACACCCGAGCAACGCAAAAAGUUCGACGUGCUACAUAUUGUCGGCAUGGUCGGUUCCAUUGAUAAUGACUUUUGCGGCACCGAUAUGACUAUUGGUACCGAUUCAGCUCUUCAUCGCAUCAUUGAGGCUAUCGACGCCAUUGUGAGCACCGCCUACUCGCAUCAACGUACAUUCAUUAUGGAGGUCAUGGGUCGUCAUUGCGGCUAUCUGGCACUUGUAGCCGGUCUUUCCAGUGAGGCUGAUUAUAUAUUUAUACCUGAAAAUCCCCCCCGCGCAGAUUGGCCCAAUAGAUUAUGUCAGCAAUUGUCGCAGGAGCGUAAUGCCGGUCAACGCUUGAACAUCAUCAUCGUUGCCGAGGGCGCCAUCGAUCGUGAAGGCAAUCCCAUCACCGCUGAGGAUGUGAAAAAAGUGGUUGUUGACAAGCUGCAGCAGGACACGCGUAUCACUGUGCUCGGUCACGUGCAACGUGGUGGCAAUCCGAGCGCCUUCGAUCGUGUUUUGGGCUGCCGCAUGGGCGCCGAAGCUACGCUGGCACUUAUGGAGGCCACUUCCGACUCGGUGCCAUGCGUUGUCUCAUUGGACGGCAAUCAGGCGGUGCGCGUGCCGCUGAUGGAGUGCGUGGAACGCACCAAGGAAGUUGCACAAGCGAUGGCGGAGAAAAACUGGGAAUUGGCAGUGAAAUUGCGCGGACGCUCGUUCGAACGCAAUUUGGAGACCUACAAGAUGUUGACACGCCUGAAGCCACCAAAGGAGCUCGUCGAAAGCGGACGGCAGGGUUACCGUUUGGCGGUUAUGCACAUUGGCGCACCCGCUUGCGGCAUGAAUGCUGCCGUACGCAGUUUUGUGCGUAACUGYAUUUAUCGUGGCGACACCGUUUUCGGCGUACAUGACGGCAUUGAGGGUCUCAUUGCUGGCAACAUCAAGGAAAUGGGCUGGUCUGAUGUAACCGGUUGGGUAGGUCAAGGUGGCGCUUUCCUCGGCACUAAGCGCACGCUACCCGAAGGCAAAUUCAAGGAGAUUGCCGCACGUCUUAAGGAAUUCAAAAUCCAAGGUUUACUCGUUAUUGGUGGUUUUGAGGCCUAUCAUGCGUGCGGUCAAAUUUCCGAUCAACGACCMAACUAUCCCGAAUUCUGUAUCCCAAUGGUAGUUGUACCAUCGACUAUUUCGAAUAAUGUUCCUGGCACCGAAUUCUCGCUCGGCUGCGAUACUGGUCUUAAUGAAAUCACCGAAAUCUGCGAUCGCAUACGUCAGUCGGCGCAGGGCACAAAACGUCGUGUCUUCGUUAUUGAGACAAUGGGCGGCUAUUGCGGUUAUCUCGCCACUCUGGCGGGCUUAGCUGGCGGUGCUGAUGCCGCAUACAUUUACGAGGAGAAAUUUUCCAUUAAAGAUCUGCAACAGGACGUCUAUCACAUGGCAUCCAAAAUGGCUGAGGGUGUGCAGCGUGGUUUGAUUUUGCGCAAUGAAAAGGCAUCUGAGAACUACAACACCGAUUUCAUACAUCGUCUUUACUCGGAGGAAGGCAAGGGGCUGUUCUCAUGCCGCAUGAAUAUUUUAGGUCACAUGCAACAGGGUGGCUCACCAACACCAUUCGAUCGUAAUAUGGGCACCAAAAUGGCGGCCAAAUGCGUUGAAUGGUUGAAUGGACAAAUCAAGCAAAAUACCAAACCGGAUGGCACUGUACGUUGUGAGAGCAACGAUUCAGCCUGUCUGCUCGGCAUUGUACGUCGCCAGUACCGUUUCACACCGUUGGCUGAUUUGAUUGCCGAAACUAACUUCGAGCAACGCAUCCCCAAGACACAGUGGUGGCUGAAAUUGCGUCCACUGUUGAGAAUUCUAGCCAAACAUGACUCUGCCUAUGAAGAAGAGGGUAUGUACAUUACCGUAGAAGAGGAGUGUGCUACCGAUGCCGUUGCUUAAGUAUUGGCUACAACACAAAAUAGUCGUGUAGCAAGUGACAAACACACACGCACACACACAUUAAAGUAUAUGUUACUCGUAUUAAAACAUCGCCAGUUGCAAUAAAGUAUAAGCUACCGCGAAAGCGUCAAAGUUUGAAAGAAAAACAAAAAGCAAAACACAUUCAUGAACAAAUAAAUACAGAAGUAAAUAGUAAACAUACAUACAUAUAAAUAUAUUUAUCUCAUCACAUGGUGCUUUGUUAGGUUAGCAAAGUACAUCAUUAUUUUAUUUAAAUAACUAUUAUGUUAAAUACAUUCACAAACAUUUAAAAACUACAUACACACACACACAUGUACACACAAAUUUGUUUCAUAAUGUGAAGAAAAAAAUUACACUUGAAAGUUGUUAACAAAAAAACUCAGGUUCUAGCACAAUUCUACAAAAACUCUGUUUAAUGUUGAGUAACAGUAGGAGCAACCGAAAAUGUAUAUUUUAUGUGCAUCAAAAAACAAAAAACAAAAAAAAAUAUCGCUUUAUGGCAUUAAUAUUUUCAUGACUUUUUCGUUUUUAAUUUUAUUUUUAAUAUUUUCGAUAAUUUAACUUUAAUUUUUAACUCUCGUUUUGUCACACUGCUUGCUUGAGUAGCUGCCGCUUAUUGUAGUAUUAUUAUAAUUUUGUUGUUGUCUUGUUUAAGUUCGGUGUGACGUUGCAAACGAUAGCAAAAAUGAUAUUAAUUUGUAGUUCCAUUACUUGAAAAGUAUAAAUCAUCUUGUAGCGCAAAUACUAAGACAAAAUAUACACCAAUUUAAACAUCGAGCAGUUA